AUGUUUUUUUUUAAAAUCAACUGUUUCAUCCAAGAUGUCGUUUUCAAGUAUUUAGUCACACAUCUAUGCACGCAUUGCGCACUGAAACCCCACCCGUUAUGUCCAGGGAAGGGGCUAGUCUACAUCCCAAGUAUCAGCGAGGUUGCGAAUUGGUAUGAACAUUUUUAUCGUUUCCGUCGCGAUGUGCUUUAUCCUGAUCACGUUAUCAGAGAUCGAUUAGAGCGGCUGAUUAUGUUUUUUUCAAGCUUUUCUGGAAUGCAGUCUUUUUACGAUCAUCCAUGUGGCUCACAGUCGCUUCAAACAGACUCUUCUUUGGCUCCGCUUCCAACUUUUCUUCCUCAUCCUCUUUUCCAUCGCCGGGUGUACCGAAGCAUAUACCAUUCCCAUCAUCGUCUAAGUAGGGUGUAGACUACGACGAGUCGUGAGUUUCAUGUGUUUUAAAUUUUUUGGUUUACCGUGGAAAACGUGUGGAGAGGUUAACGUGUAUUAAUUUAAACAGAAGCGUGGAUCCAAAUUUCGGUCAAUUCAUCCGGCUAACAGUUCUUAGAACUUUCUUUUUAUUAAGUUCGUUCAAUAAGUUUCUGCAUAACCAUAUUCA